AUGACUGGAAUUAAAGGGCAAGUGAUAGAGGCCAUGCAAGAAUCUGGACUAAGACCUAUGGAAUCCUUUAAUUACAUGUCAAAUGAAGCUAGAGUAGAAGAUGCUAUUGGUCAUACAGUGAAAGACCACAUGAAUUAUUGUUAUAAACUGAAAUUAAAGGCCAUUGAAGGAGGAGAUUCUCAAGUAGUUUGUGACAAACUACAGGAAACUUAUUUUGAGGACCCUAACUUCUUUUUCAGAGUAAGGUUGGAUUCAUAUGGAAGGGUUUGUAACUUGUUUUGGAGGGAUUCCAUGAUGCUUGAAGAUUACAAAAUAUAUGGGGAUGUCACUGUAUUUGACACCACAUAUAGGACGAAUCGUUACAACCUCAUCUGUGCACCCUUUGUAGGAAACAACCACUGGAAGAACACUAUGUUUGCUUGUUCUUUUAUUGGUGAUGAGACCACAAAUUCAUUUGUGGGGCUAUUUGAGACCUUCAAAAAGGCAAUGGGUGGUAAAUGUCAUGUCUCACUGUUUAUAGACCAAGAUGCAGCCAUGCUAGCAGCAAUACCAAAGGUAUUUCCAAAUACUAGACAUAGAUUAUGUCUAUGGCACUUGAUUCAAAAUGUUGUAACAAGAUUUGGAGUUUUAAAGAGUGAUGACACAUUCAAAGCUGCUUUCAUGAAAUGCUUGAGUGGUUGUAUUACUGAAGCUCAGUUUGAAGUAUGUUGGGAUUCAAUGACGACAAAGUACAAACUGAAAAACAAUAGUUGGUUCAAAAGGUUAUACUCACUAAAGCACAAGUGGUCAACAGCUCUAAGUAAGGACUUUUCCUGCGCGGGAAUCUUGUCAUCACAGAGAAGUGAGAGCACAAAUCAUGCAGUGGGAUUCAAAGCAAACAAGAAAACAAAUUUGACAGAAUUCUACAACAUAUUUCAGAAGACAGUGAAGACUUGGAGAAGGAAUGAGGAUUUUUAUGAGUUCAAUAACAUAAAAUCAAUUCCUACUUCAAGCUAUCCAAUGUCUGUCUUACUAAAACAUGAUGCUGAGAUUUAUACACAUACAUUAUUCAGGGACUUUGAAGAAGAAUUCAACCUAGCCAUUGGAUCUCAAACUAAACUGCUAUUCAUUAAUGGAGACAAAAUGGUUUACCAAGUGUACCUUGAAGGCAGAGAUGGCACAACUCAAGCAGUAACUUAUGAUCCAAUUAAUCAAACAAUUCAAUGUCCAUGCAAGAAUUUUGAAGAGUCGGGUUGUUUAUGCUUCCAUAGCCUUAGAAUCUUACACAUGCAUUCUAUUGAAACAAUCCCAGAGCAAUACAUAUCUUUCAGGUGGACUAAAAUGGCUAAGGAUAAAGUUUGGGAAAUUAUGGAGGCAGAGCAAAGGAUGAAGGGGACAUUAAACAACUUCACACCCUGGCGGCUACACAUGAUUAGGAAGUAUUAUAGUUUAAUCCUUAAGAGCCACAAGUUUAAACAAGCAAGGAAAGUCUUAGAAGAAAGCUUUACAAAAGAUUCAAGUGCAAUUGAUGAGAUUAUUUCUGCUAUGAAGUCAACUGACAACCAUUAUGAGAACACUACAUGUGUAAAAGAGAAUUCAGAGCCAACUUCAUCUAGUGUGGUUCAAGUACUAGACCCAGCUCGUGCAAAAACUAAAGGAAGCCAAUCAAAUAAAAGGAUUCUAGGAAGCUAUGACUACAUGAAAAAGGGGAAGAGGAGGAAGCAUAGAGAAUUUGGUGCCAAAACACCAAAUAUUAAUAAUAAGUAUAUGCUCUGA